AUGAAAGAAGCAAGGACCGAUCAAGUUGUAAACGUAAUAAAAUUUAUACGAGAAGCUCUUGACGAUAUGGGAUUAGGGUAUGUCAAAACUACAACUUCCCAUGGCAUGGAUGUUUUAAAGCUUACAAAAGUUCCAUCAGAAGCCGAUUUUCGCGAUGACAUAAAAGAACAAAUGCUUGAAUCGUUAGAGUUCUUCAAUCAAACUGGAGCACCCUUUGAUUUGGUCAUGUUUCCAAUCCAUUACGUUAACGAAGUAUUGAAUUAUACUAUGGAAUUCGCGUUCUUUAAUAAUAAGAGCGAGUUCAAGAUUCAAGAUGGUAAGUUUACGUACACAAAUGUUGUGGAGCUAAUGAUUGAUUCCGUUGCAUGGGCAAUAAGAAAAGCAGGAUACCCUAAUAUGAAAAUUAUGAUAGGUCAAAUUGGUUGGCCAACGGACGGAUAUCCACACGCCAAUGUUGAAAAUGCAGAGAGAUUUUAUAAGGGUUUCUUGAAAUUUAUAGCUUCAAAUAAAGGAACACCUCUUAAGCCAGGUCCUAUAGAUGUAUUUCUCCAUAGUUUAUCAGAUGAGAAUCUGUUUCGUACGAUAUAUGGUGCAUUUCAAAGACACUGGGGAAUUUACGAAGCAGAUGGGAAUCCAAAAUACAAGAUUGAUUUUUCAUUACAAGAUCGUGAUAUUUAUCCAACUCAGGCUAAGGGGAUUGUGAAAAUGCCAAAUAGGUGGUGUGUGUUUAAUAGAAAUAGAGAAAACAUGGAUUUGGUAAAUAAGAACUAUAAUUUUGCAUGCAAUAUAGCAGAUUGUACGUCUCUGGAAAAAGGAGCCUCAUGUGAUGGACUAAGUGAUGAUUCUAAAAUUUCUUAUGCUUUUAAUGUAUUCUUCCAAAAGCAGAAGCAGAAGGUAGAAUUGUGUGAUUUUGAUGGUUUAGGCGAAAUUACAGCAGAAAAUCCAUCAACGGGUAACUGCGAGUUUCCUAUAGAGAUAUUGACAUUCCAAGAUCAAGCAGUUAAAGAUGGUAUGAUUUUAAGAAUUUGA